UUCUUUAGUUCGUAUAUCGAUAGUGAUAUCCAAAGAGUCCCACGCGUCACAUAUCACGGGAGCGUCACGAAGGUUGUCUAUAGAUCUAAAAGAUUUGUUUGAUCAGUGCUUGGCUUGACAUAUUGAUAACAAGAGUCGAAGUAUUCGUUACAGGGAGGAAGUUCUGGACAUGGUUUGUGUGUGUGUGUGUGCUCAGUCCUAGGAAUUCACGAUACCGUGACUAGAUACUGGACUAAUUAGGAAUUGAAAAUCAUUUUCGCUUGUUCUAUUAUGAGUGAACAUGUUUGUGUUGUGUGAUGGUGAAAGUUUUCCGAGUUAUCAAAAGUUUACGUUAAGUUUAUCAUCAAGUCCCAGCACUAUCUUCAUCCUGUGUCUGUCGGCGAGUAGCUGAGGGGUGGAGGCUUCAAAAAAAAAAAAGGAAAUGUUAGAUCGUGAAAUGUCAUUCUAAGCAUGAGUCAAAGAUAUUCUAGAGAGUACACAAUAAACUACCCGAGGGCUGACUUUGUCCCUGGUGGUCAGCCGGCUGUAUUCAUGGAGGCUGUCGGGGACGAGCCCUCGGUGACGUUACUCAAGAUGAUAACGACCGAGUCCGGUGCGGAGUUUGUGAAUGUAUUCGGUGUACGGAACAUGCUCGAGCUCCCGAGGGACGGGACCAAAGGCGCGGGGUGUCAGGAAGUCAACGCCCCAGGAUCAAAUAACAGCGACUACGACGACGGCAUGGGAGAUGAACGAGACUCUGACUGCUCCGGAUCAUCGUCCGGUGCUGGAGCAGGCAGAGAGUUAAAACGGGGUAGUUACGAUUUCAUGAACAGUGACCAUGUUGGCGUCACCGGUGAUGAAAGUAGUCGGCGGGACGUCGAUAUGGUAGAGCUUGGACACCAUGGCGCCGGUGCCGAGAACGACGACGGGGUCAGCGUGGAGCUCGAGGACGGAGACAGUAACUUCAACACGGAAGAGGAGUGCUCCAGCAUCAGCGUUUCGGACACCAGCAGUACUUGCGACUAUGACGAGCCUGCUGACCAAUUGCAGCAAAUGGACUCAAUCACAAUGAAGUCUAGCGAACAAACAGACAAUGGAUCCAAUACACCUGUUGACGAAAGGUAUCUUAAUCCCGGAAGUACGUCAUCUAACGACGUUGCAGAAAAAGUCUCAUCAGCCUGUGAUAAAAAGGAGGCACCGAGCCCCCUCCCAUCCAUUUCAGAUUCUCUUACCACAAGGUCAUCAACGUACGCACUUCUGACACGACCUUUGCUCUCAAGGUUAAACCCUUACGACAAAAGUACAUCCUCGGCACCAGAUUUGUCGUUGACUAAACUGAGCUCUCCAGACGCAGGACAGCCCUACAGAACCAAAAAGCCGUUAACUGUCACACUCCGCUCCCACAGUUUCGCCACAUCAAACCUUGAAGCACCCCAAGGCGUUCAGGGUUCAGGGGUCACUCCCGGACCAGUAAAGAGAAGGGCGGGUGAUGGAUUUAUCAGAUUCGUUGGUGAAAGGUUUAAGAAAUCCUCGCCUGACACUGUGCGUACGCCGUGCAUUCCUGAUGAGGUCAAGGACGACACAGAGGUCGCAAGAGAUUACACGCUUGGUAAUGAGGCGGGGGGUUUGCCUCAGGCCGAUGAGAGACGUAGUUCCGUCAGUCCUUCAUAUAUUGUGGCAGAUGUCAUUCCUGAGGAGCCUCGCGUAGAUAAUUCUAUAUCCAUGGAUGAGGAUGACCAUCUUGUAGUCAUCCAACCGCACGUUAUCCGUCUAAGUCAUUCAGAAUCAACUAUGACACCUAUAGAGUUAGACCCAGACGUACUCGGUCAAAUCACCGUGGCCCAUGACCUCGAUCAUUCUGCAUAUGAGGUCAACAAAGUGACCCCAGAAGAUAUGCAAAUUUCAGAAGAUGCAGUCAUUUGUACAUCCAGCUAUCACCUAUCAUCCGACACCGACACACGUCACGGCACGAGCGCUACGCCUCACUGCUCUGACCCGGAAGUAAUACCGACCCACGAAGCAUCGGAUUCUGGUGUUCGCUCAUCGCAUCUCGAAGGAGACCAGUGCUUUGUGUUGAAUUCAGUGGAUUACAAAUCUGUGACUUCGGAUAAAGACGAGGAUGAGGAUAAAGAUGAGGAUACUAACGUGAAUUCCGUGAAACUAAACGGUGCGGAUUUUGUGGAAGGCGAUGACGACAGUGAAAGUGACGUCCUGUCAAACAUGCUUUCCAGAAAACCUGCUGUGAGGAGAAAGGGUUAUGCUUGGAUUAGCAAGAGUCUUCCAAGAUCAAGUGAAGGCGACAUUAGGAAGGCUGUUAGGUCACAGGGAAGAAAAUAUUUACAAAAAGGUUCAUCUUUGGAUCUAGCGCCAUCCUUAUUAAACAUCUAUGAUGACAUAGCUGCUUCCGGAGGAAGAUUGCCGGAGAAAGAAGACUCCGAAGAAGAAGACUUUCAAGAAGAGACAUUUCAGAAAGUGGUCAAAACCCAGUCACUUCCGUUCAAAACUAACGGCCAGUGGUCGUCGGAAGGCGUGAGACCUGGGAUUCUCCCUUCGCUGUCUGAGCCUGGCGACAGACCCGUGUCCUGCUUGGUGUCCAACUGGGCCCCAUCUACUCAACACGCCGACAGUAAAAAGCGACCGCUGAGCCUCAGCUCAAUGUCCUCUGCCUCCAGCUCUUCCUUGCCGAGGCUCCGAAAGAAGAGGACAAAUGGUAAGGCUGGUCAACUGGACGUUUUGGACGGCUCACAAAUCUCCGAGCAUUCUCACGUGGAGAGCAGAAGCAGCGUGGACAGCGGGUGCAUGGAAGGCGACAAACACGGAGAUGACGUCAGCUUGAUGUCUGACCAGAACAGCUGGCGGGACGACCUCGACUCCAGCAGCGCUUCCUUGCACUCCGCGUCGCCGGAAACAUCUUCAAUGACUUCCCAGGAGAAGACAGCCACCAGCUCCAACUCCAGCAUUUCACAUUCUCCUUCCAAUGUAUCAUUUAAAUCUCAAAACUCUCGAACGUGGACUCCGCGAAAUAAAAAGACAGAAACUUCCUCCGACUUGCGAAACUCAAAUAAAUCCAGAACUUCCCUGGUGGAAAAUGUAGAUAUUCCUUCUCCGUCGGCUCCAGACUCUCCUUCAUCUUUAUGUGCAACUCCCACCAAUUCAGGCAGCUAUACCAGCACCCCCGUCACUACACCAGAAAGUGGUCAUCGGCGUACACGACCGUCUCGACAAGAAGCUAGGAAACGAUUCUUCUCCAACUACGAAGAGCACAUGAGAAACGCAAUGUCUGACCUUGAACCCGCCGUUCUAGCCUCAUCACAACCCCAGUCUACAGCGUCUCCUUCCGAGACAUUACUAGUCCAUGACAAAGUGUCUUCCAAACCUUCACUACCUCUGCAGGCAGAAAUUAUUCAAGAUGAAAGACGCACUCCGCCCCAGCUCACCAGAAAGGGCGAAGGUCACGGAGACAGAGAAAGCCCAUCUCAUAUCACAAGAAGAUCUGAAGGUCGUGGGGGCUCUCGAAAAGAGAGACAUGCCUCACCAAAGACAAACUUUACUAAAUCAAUGAAACGAAAAGAUGCCGGCUCUAACAGGGAUUCUUCAGAAGUGUCCGGCACAGGAUAUAUUACUUAUGUUCAGAGAGUAGUCACUGAGAUCAUUGAAUCGGAACGGAUAUACAUCAGUAGUCUCAAAGAUAUUAUACAGGGUUACCUGGAACCUUUCGAGAAGAUUCUUAGUUCUAAAGAUGACGUCAAAGAUGUUGAGUGUUUGUUUGGGAAUAUUCGAGAGAUCUAUACAUUUGGAUGUGCUUUCUUGACUGAUUUAGAGGCAACAGGGGCGGAUCCUGUAAAGGUUGCUGAGUGCUUUGUGAAACAUAAUAAAGGAUUUGUGAUAUACGCAGAUUACUGCACUAAUUAUCCCAGAGCCGUGGAUAUUUUGACCAAGUUCAUGAAGCACCCUGAACGAAGUGAGCUGUGUAAAGAAAGACAACUCAUGCUGGGACAUGGCCUUCCACUGGGAGCCUAUCUACUAAGACCAGUGCAGCGAAUACUGAAAUAUCACUUACUGUUGCAGAACAUUGUGAAGAACUAUGAGAAAGAAGGAAAGGAAAUGGAUAUACUACAGCAAGCUUUCCAUCACAUGACAGAGAUGGCUCAUCAUAUUAAUGAGAUGAAGAGGAGGCAUGAGCAUGCUGUCAGAAUACAAGAGAUACAGAGCCAGCUAGAGGACUAUGUUGGUGAAGAUUUGACCAGACUAGGAGAACUGGUUCUAGAGAGUACAUUUCGUGUGUAUGGAGCCAAAGCUUCAAGACAAGUGUUUCUCUUUGAGAGAGGAUUACUAAUCAGUAAAAAAACAGAUGGUGGCAUGUUAAGCUGUAAAACAUUUAUUCUGUGUUCUAACUUGAUGCUGGUAGAGGUAAUUCCCAAUGAACCACUCAGUUUUCAUAUCAUUCCAUUUGACAACCCAAGAGCACAGUACACUUUACAGGCCAGAAACAUGGAGCAGAAGAGAAGAUGGUGUCAAGAGAUCAAACGUCUGAUUCUUGAAAGUUUCAAAGGGAAGAUACCAGACAGUGUGAAGAGCUUGGUGAUGCAGCUUGGCAGUAAUCAUGAUGAUGACUACAUCACUAAAGAGGCUCUAGAGGCAGUCAGGAAAACUCAACAUACUGCACCUGAAUAUUUGGAGAAAAGAAGAUUUAGGAGAAAAUCUGGAUCUCGACUACCAGAUUUUAGUUUACUGAAACCUCAAAGAGCAAAGAGAGGAGCUAAUAAAAAGAGUGAAAACAAAGGAGCUGAAACAGGAAGAAGAGCUGAAAGUAAAUCUCCUGAUGCAUAUAGAAGGUUGUUAGUACCCCAGAACGCAAUUAAAAGACGAAGUCAGAGUCAUUCAGUUUUAGUGCCCAGCCCAGCCACAUCUCAUAUGUUAAACACCAGUGCUGACAAUGCUGUUCCCACACCUGAAUCUCCAAGCACUGACUUCUCCAUAGACCCGUCAAGAGCUCAUGAUUUCACAUCUGGCUCCAACGGCACUUCAUCAAAGAAAACCAAAACUCAAAAGCUAAUUGAGACUGAGAAAGAGGCUGAGCUUGUCAAGAGAGCUCAGAGUUUUCGCAAAGCCAUGCAAUCUCAUCCAAUAACGUCAGCAGACUUGACAGAACUGGUGGCUCGCUGCGGAGGAUCUGUCCAUCUCACAUCACCUGACAAUUCCCCUUCCAAGAACAACAACUCAGCAGUAUCGUUCAUAGACUCACCAGAAACCAGCCUUCUUGGUCUAAGAAGCAUAGACUCCUCAUCUGAGGAGGAUAUUGUUGACAGUGAGAAGCAGAUGACUACCGAGGAACAAAUGGAGACCAAUAGUCAAGGGAACAACGCUUCUGACUUGGUUGUAAAUGAAAAAGCCAAUUUAGAAAUCAAUGGCUUGAGCACCAAAGAUUCUCAGUCAUUUACAUUAACUGAUAGUCAAAAUGUAAAUGUUAUAGAUGAAAAUGGCACCUGUCAUGUUGAGGACCUUGGAAGCAAAAAGAAAACUAAAAACUCUUCACAGUCAGAUGACAUUACUACCCUCACCAGAGCAAAAGGUCGAUUGAGCCGAAGAGAUCAACCCAUGGUGAAGAAACGGAAUAAGGAAAAUGACACAAAUGAAGAUGUGCCAUCAAGGAGAGUAAUGGCUUUCCAUGACUCCUACAGUAAGAGAGUGGCUGAGAAAGCUAUAUUAAGAAAUAAAGGUCUUCGUCUUCCAAACACAUCAAAACAUUUGUCAGUGCCAGACUGUGAGCCUCAUGGCAGUGCCAAGUUGACAAACUGGAACAGUAUUGAAAAACUGACUGCUGGAUCUAUGAGCGAUGUUACACACCUGAAUGAAGACCCCUGGGUCAUGAACACAGAUAUGACCAGCUCUGAAUCCAGUGUAGACAUGGCAGGCUCCAACGGGUCUAGCUCUUUCUCUAACAGCACCCUGUCAAAUGUACCCCAACCAGCUGUUGGAACAUCAGCAAGACCCAGGGGUCACUCUGAUCUCACAGAAAUGAUGCAUGUGGCCUUCAACAGAGACAAUAUGGACUGGCUAGUGUACCUAAAUAGAAAUUCUCUGUCAUCCAAUACAGAUAUCAACAAAUCCUGGUUACCAGGCUCCAAUCAGGAUAAGGAGAUGAGGUCCCAGGAAGCUCUGACUCGACAAAACAAUGUCAUCAAUCACUUUCCUUAUGCCACACCGCCCCGGUCCUAUAUGACCACCGAGAACAUGAAAAAGCAUAAUUACCUUACUGAAACUAACCAAAAUUCUUAUCAGAGAAAGUCUGGUGUUAAUGCAUUUGGUGGGACCCCGCAGACCAUCACCCUCACAAAACCUAUUGUUUUUCAGGUACCCAGCUUGACUCGUUCUAACAGUACCCCCUUGGCAACAACUAGGACUAGCAAGGUGGUCAGUGAUCGUAGACCUUCCUCUAUGGAUGUUGAUAGACUAACAGAUGAGAGCAACAGAAUGGUGGCAGAGAUGGAGGAAUAUAUUAGUAACUCUGCUGAGGAGAUAAAGGGCACCAAUAAAUUCCCAACAUCUCUGGCAGCUAUCACUGUAGAGGAGGAUGCCAACAACAAUCGAUUGUCUGUGGUUUCUUCAUUAUCAGCAUCCUCAUAUGAAAGCCAGGACAGCAGCUCCAGUGAUGGCAUGAUGGGUACACUAAAGCACAAACUUCAUUUCUGGGCCACCAAUCACCCUGGCGCCAGGUGUGACAGUGAACAAAGCCACAGCUCCACUGUGACAUCAGAAGAUGAGGACAAUAAUGAUGAUACAAGGCCACUGACAUCUGGCAACACCUUUGACCCACCAUCUAGAUCCAGAACUUCCUGGAGAGAGAGUAGGGAUCUUGAAAAUGUUUUGAGAGAGCACAGUCUGGGGUCUAGUUCACUGGGUUCUAGAAUGGCUCAUGCCUUGCCCCAAACAGAAACGGUCAAGACUUCAAAUAAUAAUACGGAUGAGGUUGACUCACAGGAUGUCCCAUCUCCCAUCUAUUUAAGCUCAAUGCCAGCAGGUGCUUCAAGUAGUUCUUCAUUGACAACAGAUGCUACUGAAAGUUGUUCAAACCUUGACCUUCAACCAUCCAGCUCUGCUAUCUCUUUACAAAGCAAUGAGACCGGGUCCAGUGUUACCGUCACUUUCCCUCCUCACAAUGAUUACAUUCCUGAGCCUGUCCUAGAACUAUCAGACUCCUCAAAAGAAGCAACUCCCAAGAUAAAGCCCAGGAUGAAUAAAUCCCAAACCAAUGAAGAGAACUCUAACCUUAAAAGCGCCAGUUCAUUGGAAUCGUUGGGAUCUAAUGACAGUUUUUACGAGCGAAGAUUUUCUGUCGCUCUUGAUUCUGAAGUUUUUGCUGAUAAGCCAACAGUGGUCACAGUGUAUGAUGACACACAAACUGGUCUGCCCAGAAAGUCAAUAAAGGAAUAUGUUCAGCACAUUGAGCAGAAAUUCAAGCAGCAGUCCCCAAAAAUUCUGGAAGUAAAGCGCAAGGAACCUGGUGCAAUGAUACGACAGAGACUGGAAACACUGAGAGAAAAUGUCCUGCAUAGUCGUCGUAGCAGUUCCAGCAGACACACUAGUGAGGAGAGGGAAAGCAGCAGAGCAAAGUCUCAACCCCCUUCACAACAUCGAAACAAACUUCCCACAGGUCCUAAGCCUGACACUCGAUGGAAUGAUGAUAUUAGAAUUUAUGACCUCAAGACAUCCACUUCCAGGGACAGCCUUAGCAAAUCCAUGGAAAAUAUAUCCAGGUCCAAGGAGAACAUGACCAGGUCCAAAUCUAAGGACCUUUUAAGUUUUCGCUGUGACAGUCCUGGACAUGAGAAGGACGCAAGUAGAUUUAUUUACAUGAACUAUAACCCUAGCAGCAAUCAGUUCAUCCAUAAAGCACAGAGUUCAGAACUUCACGAGACAGAGGUGGAUAACUCUAUGUCUCAGUCCAUGUGUCGAUUAGAUCAACUUAGUUCAGAACUGGACAAUUUAGUGAUAAUGAAAGGUUAUGUUAAAGCUUUGAUCUCCAGAUUUCAAGAAAAAUAAAGACAGUACAAACACAAAAAAAGAAAUACAAAAUGAAAGAAUGAGCCAGGCCAUUAUUUAAACACUGAAAUAUAUUUAUUGUACUUGUAUCAAUACUAUGGCUUCAAAACAGAAAACAAAGAAACAUAAAAUUGGGACCAAUUCCUCUUAUUACCAAUGGAAUGAUGUACAGUGUAUAAUAUGGACUUUUUUUUUUAUUUGUAAUUUGUGCCAUAUGCAAUUUUUAUACUUUUUACCAAUAAACUCUUCAAUUUGAUUGUGAUCUUUGUCUUAGCUAUUCAGUAUUUGUCGGAUGUUGUAUUUUUUUCUUUUCCUUGCAUUAGGCAUGAACAGAAGCAAUCAUUUAUAAAAAAAAUAAGGGAAACACUAACAAGUACCUUCAUACUGUCAGCUGAUCACAGACAUGUGGUCUUCAUAGAAAAAUAUUUAUCUCAAACUAUAAAACAAUCUUGCUCCUAAUUACUGAUUCACUCUUGAGCAGGCAAACUGGGUCAAAUUACAGCUAUGGCUUCAAGUGCCUUGAGCUAUUACACCACAAUCCCAGAUUUGAACAACACAAAUUUUCAAACAUCUAAAUAUAGCAUCAAGUGAAACAAAUAUAAAAAAAAAAAAAAAACAA